CCGUUUGUUAACUAAACUGUCGCAAAGUCAUGUUUAUCGUAGCGGCAUUCCAAUUCUGCAAUGUGUUCCCUUUUAUGCUCUUUCGCUGGCUGUUCUAUUCAGAUAUUAAAUGAUUUGGUAUGGGUUGAGAAUUGAUCUAUAAAAACAUAUCCAAAGCUUUUUCAUGGCUUUACUUUGUGUUUCACUACCACCGGAUAGACUACUUUAGGAAACGUAAAGCAAAGUGUACGAGCACACACCGAAGAGAGCAACAUUUAGGAAUGAGAUGCAUCCUUGCUAACAACUGCGAGACAAGCGUGGAGACCUAUGAAUGUAGAUUCAUGCAUUUCGUUAUUGAUGAUAUCCAAGUCUGACAAACAAUACAUAGAAUAGGCUUGUCACGUUUGAAAUAGCAUACUGAUCGCGACCAACAAGGAUGUUUAAAAAAUUCGAUGAUAAGGAAAAUGUAUCUAACUGUAUACAGCUUAAAACCUCGGUUAUCAAGGGAAUCAAAAACCAACUAUUGGAUCAGUUCCCUGACAUAGAGUCAUGGCUCAACCACAUCAUGCCGAAAAAGGACCCAGUCAAAAUAGUGAGAUGCCAUGAACAUAUUGAAAUACUGACGGUGAAUGGAGAACUGCUCUUCUUCAGACAAAGAGAAGGACCGUUUUACCCAACUCUCAGACUGCUACAUAAAUAUCCAUUUAUUCUCCCACACCAGCAAGUAGACAAGGGUGCCAUCAAAUUUGUCUUAAGUGGAGCCAAUAUCAUGUGUCCUGGAUUGACGUCACCCGGUGCCAAACUCUAUCCAGCUGCCUCAGACACAGUAGUUGCCAUAAUGGCAGAGGGCAAACAACAUGCACUUUGUGUUGGGGUUAUGAAGAUGUCUGCAGAAAGCAUAGAGAAAGUCAACAAGGGCAUUGGGAUCGAAAAUGUUCAUUAUCUAAAUGAUGGACUGUGGCACAUGAAGACUUACAAGUGAUGUCACACCCCUUCUGGACAACGUGGAUCUCUUGACAGUGAGGCCUAGGCAGCCAGUCAAUUGUUUACACUGAUGGACUUAGCUGUGUAAUUAGCCGAUGGCUUUGAAUCAAUCCCCAAUUGAUGCACAAAUAAAAUUCUGCAUUCA